AAUAAAAUUUAAAGGGUUUGAUUAUACAAAAAUUGUUUGAACCCUGGUCUGGGUGAGUGAGAGGUUGAACCCCCCUAGACGAAGCAGCAUGAAAUCCCGGUACGCCAUGGUGUGCUCGUCAAACCAGAACCGGAGCAUGGAGGCGCACUCGCUCCUCAAGAGGGAGGGCUUCGAGGUGUCGUCGUACGGGACGGGGGCUCACGUAAAGCUCCCUGGACCCUCCCUCAGAGAACCCAACGUCUACGACUUCGGUACCCCGUACAAGCAGAUGUACGACGAUCUCAGGCGCAAAGACUCCGAGCUCUAUAAGCGUAAUGGCAUUUUGCCUAUGCUAAAAAGAAAUUCAGCAGUCAAAUUGGCUCCUCAGCGCUGGCAAGAGAAUGCUGCUGAUGGUUCCUUUGAUGUGGUAUUUGCAUUUGAAGAAAAGGUUUUUGAUAUGGUCGUUGAAGAUCUUCACAACCGGGAUCAUGUUCUUAUGAAAACUGUACUAGUGAUCAACUUGGAGGUAAAAGACAACCAUGAGGAGGCGGCCAUAGGAGCUCGGCUUACUUUAGAUCUGUGCCAACAGAUUGAAGCCACAGAAUCAUGGGAAGACUCGAUUGAUGAUAUAGUGGCUGAUUUUGAAAAACAGCAUCGGCGGAAGCUGCUGUAUAGCAUUUCCUUCUAUUGAACACGUCAUGAAUACACUAAUAGAACUCUACCUUCACCAAAUCUUUUUAACCUCCAAUCUUUCCAUUUUCAAUGGAAGAUUAGUUCUAUUUCGCAUGAAACUUAGAAGUUUCUGAUCAUGUUCUGCUGUGUGUUCAUUAGAGGUUAUGUAGCAAUUCCAUUCCGUCUAGCAUUUGUGCAUUGUAGUUGUUAGUCAUCGAGUAUGAACACUUCCAACCCUUAGCCUUUUAGUUUUGGUCACAAAGUAGGCAGAUAUUUGGAAGCUCUUGAAAAAUGAAUGAGCAAAUUUCAGUAUUGUUAUGGGUACAACUUUUAUUACAAGAGUUGUUCUAUACAUGCGUCAAGAGUCCGGCUCUUGUCCCA